AUGGCGCACAAUCAGAAAGGCGGCGACAACAACCUGUCGCAGUAUAAGUAUGCGGCAAUGUCCAACCUGGUCCUCCAGGCCGACAAACGAUUCGUGUCGCGCCGAGGAGAUGAUGCGACUGGCGAUCCGGAGUCUCUCGCUGGUCGCAUCAGCUUAACCGAGAUGGGAUCAAGGACCGCGCGAGAGGCAGCACCCGUUCAACAGCCCGCGCGAGAGCAAGCGCGCAAACGAAAGCGAACAGAACCGGUGCAAAGCUCGAGGGCAGCAGGAAUCCUUAGUCAGGCAGACCUCAACAUCGAGGGUCUACGGUACCGACCCAGGACUGCGGCGACCAAGGAUGUGUACGAUCUCAUUGCGACAAAUGUGGCGCAGAAGAUGGGCGGAGACUACGGGCUGGCGGUCACAGCCUCUGCAACAGAUUCAAUAUUGGAAUAUCUAAAGGAUGACUCGAUGAAGGACUUCGAUAAAAAGAAGGAGAUCGACGACAUCUUGGGCAUCAUACUAUCGAGCAAAGAAUUCAAUCAGCUUGUAAACCUGGGAAAGAAGAUCACGGAUUACGAUGCGCAGGACGAAGACGAGGAGAUGGGUGACGAAGCCGGGGAAGGCGCUGACAUCGACGAGCGACAAGGUGUAGCGGUCGACUUUGGCGACGAAGAUGAGGAUGAGGAAGGCGGAGGACAGACUUUCGAAGUUCGAGAGGAUGACGAAGAGUCUGAAGACGAUCUUGCUAUGGGGACGGAAGAGGUCGCAGAUGAUGGCGCUGGUCCACCACUGGAUGGCGCCGCUGCUGAAGAUCAGGACGAAGAGAUGGAUGAUGACGGGAUGGUUAUAGAGAACCGAAGACGGCAAGCUCGGCGAGACGAUCAAGAUCCGGACGCCGUGCCGGCUUACGAGAUCGACGCAUACUGGCUGCAGAGACAGAUUGGCCAAAUCUAUGAAGAUGCACAUAUCCAGUCCGAAAAGACCAGACUUGCCGCGGACAUUCUUGCUGGUGUUGAUGACGCAACUGGCGAAGAGAAGCCACUGCGUGAAGUGGAGAAUGACCUUAUGGAGCUAUUCGAUUACGAGCACCAUGAACUAGUCGGCAAGCUUGUCAAGAAUCGCGACAAGAUUGUAUGGGUGACUAGGUGGAGAAAGGCUGCAGAGGAUGAGAGUGCGCGCUUGACCGUGGAGAAGGACAUGGUCAAUGCUGGCCAUGCUAGGAUCUUAAAGGAGCUACGAGGUCGCGACGAGGCACAGGCAGGUCCAGGCGCACCAAAGCUGAAGGUCAAGCUCGACCCAAUGGAUCUGGACGCGAAGGUGCCGGUCAAGGGAGAGGAAGACGGCGUUAAGGAGGGUUUGGUCGGCGGACUACAACCUCGGCGAACCCUCAACCUUGAUGACCUGAAGUUCGAACAGGGUAAUCACCUCAUGACGAACCAGAAUGUUAAGCUGCCACAAGGAUCGACUAAGCGGACGUUCAAAGGUUACGAAGAGAUCCACGUCCCAGCUCCAAAGCGCAAGCAAGAUGCAAACGAGCCGCCUCUCAUGCCAACUUCACAACUGCCGCCAUGGGCAAAGCAAGGGUUUGGCUCAUCGACCACGCUCAACCGCAUCCAAACGCGUUGCUACCCUUGCGCUUUCCAAGACGACGGCAAUAUGCUCGUUUGUGCGCCUACGGGGUCUGGCAAGACUAACGUAGCGAUGCUUGCUAUGUUGCGUGAGAUCGGCAAGCAUCGAAAUCCGCAGACUGGCGACAUUAAUCUGGACGAGUUCAAGAUCAUCUACAUUGCGCCCUUGAAGGCUCUUGUGCAAGAGCAAGUCGGCAAUUUCGGCACACGUCUGCAGCCUUACGGCAUUCAAGUCGCAGAACUCACGGGUGACAGACAGCUCACCAAACAGCAAAUUGCGGAAACCAACGUGAUAGUGACUACGCCGGAGAAGUGGGAUGUUAUUACUCGCAAGGCAACUGAUACCAGCUACACCAACCUCGUCCGCCUGAUAUGUAUCGACGAGAUCCAUCUGUUGCAUGACGACCGUGGGCCGGUGCUGGAAAGUAUCGUCAGCCGAACCAUCAGGCGCCAAGAGCAGACCGGCAAUGCUGUUCGCAUUGUUGGCUUGUCCGCCACAUUGCCGAACUAUCGCGAUGUCGCAACGUUCCUUCGUGUCGAUCAGCAGAAAGGCCUCUUUCACUUCGAUGGCUCCUACAGACCUUGCCCACUGAAGCAAGAGUUCAUCGGCGUUACCGACAAGAAGGCCAUCAAGCAGCUGAAGACGAUGAAUGAAGUCUGCUAUAAUAAGGUGCUCGAGCAGGUAGGGCAGAACAAGCAGCAGAUGCUGAUCUUUGUCCACUCACGCAAAGAAACGGCCAAGACCGCCAAAUUCAUACGGGACAAGGCGCUCGAAAUGGAUACCAUUGGGCAGAUCCUGCGAGUUGACGCUGCUAGCCGUGAGAUUCUGCGGGAGGAGUCCGAGCAGGUGACAAAUGCGGAUCUCAAGGACGUCUUGCCCUAUGGCUUCGGAAUCCACCAUGCUGGCAUGUCUCGCGCAGACAGAACGACCGUGGAAGAUCUGUUCCAGGACGGCUCGAUUCAGGUGCUUGUGUGCACGGCCACGCUGGCGUGGGGUGUCAAUCUGCCUGCGCACACCGUCAUCAUCAAAGGCACGCAGAUCUACUCUCCCGAGAAAGGCAGCUGGGUCGAGCUUUCACCGCAAGAUGUCUUGCAGAUGCUUGGACGAGCCGGCAGACCGCAAUAUGAUACCUAUGGUGAAGGUAUCAUCAUCACGAACCAGGCCGAGAUGCAGUACUACCUGUCGCUUAUGAACCAGCAAUUACCGAUCGAGAGUCAACUGGUAAGCAAGCUGGCCGAUAACCUCAAUGCCGAGAUAGUGUUGGGCAAUGUGCGGACGCGAGACGAGGGUGUAGAUUGGCUUGGUUACACGUACCUCUUCGUACGCAUGCUGCGCUCUCCGGCUCUGUACCAGGUCGGCGCAGACUACGAAGAGGACGAGACGCUUGAGCAGAAGCGCGUCGAUCUCAUUCACUCCGCUGCGCUAGUACUGGAGAAGGCACAGCUGGUCAAGUACGACAAGAAGACCGGACGCAUGCAAUCUACGGACCUUGGCCGGAUCGCGAGCCACUACUACAUCACGCACAAUAGCAUGCUGACGUACAAUCUGCACAUUCAGCCCUCUGUCACACCCAUUGAACUCUUCCGGGUCUUCGCGCUGAGCGAGGAAUUUAAGUACAUACCCAUCCGGCAGGACGAGAAGCUGGAGCUUGCGAAACUACUUCAGAGGGUGCCGAUACCCGUCAAGGAGACGAUUGACGAACCGCAUUGCAAGAUCAACGUCUUGUUGCAGGCAUACGUCAGCAGGUUAAAGCUCGAGGGCUUGGCGCUGAUGGCAGACUUGGUCUACGUCACGCAGUCUGCCGGCCGUAUCCUGCGCGCCAUGUUCGAGAUUGCGCUCAAGAAGGGCUGGUCUGGCGUGGCGAAAGACGCGCUCGAUCUAUGUAAAAUGGCGGAGAAGAGGAUGUGGCCUACCAUGACGCCUCUGCGGCAAUUUCCGGAGUGCAGCAGCGAUAUCAUUAAGAAGGCGGAGCGGAUUGACGUACCAUGGCAGAGCUACUUUGACUUGGACCCGCCUCGGAUGGGUGAGCUGCUGGGCAUUCCAAAGCAAGGAAGGCAAGUAUGCGCGAUGGUUGCAAAGUUCCCACGCUUAGAAAUUCAGGCGCAGGUGCAACCAGUGACGAGGAGUAUGCUACGAGUCGAGCUGACGCUCACGCCGCGGUUCGAGUGGGAUGAUAACCUGCAUGGUCGGGCGGAGGGUUGGUGGAUCCUGGUCGAAGACUGCGACGGUGAGGAGAUACUGUUCCACGAUCAGUUCCUGCUACGCAAGGAGUACGCUACAGCCGAGAUGAAUGAGCAUUUGGUCGAAUUCACCGUUCCGAUCACGGAGCCAAUGCCGCCGAACUACUUCAUCACUGUCGUCAGUGAUCGGUGGAUGCACGCUGAGAGCAAACUGGCUUUAUCAUUUCAGAAGCUAGUGUUGCCGGAGAAGUUUCCGCCGCAUACUCAGCUAUUGGAGCUACAGCCUUUACCGGUCGAUGCGCUGAAGCGGCAGGACUAUGUGGAUCUGUACCCGGACCGGCGGGAGUUCAACCGCAUACAGACGCAGACAUUCAACGCGCUAUUUCAAUCCGACGAUAACGUGUUCGUUGGCGCUCCUGUGGGUAGCGGCAACACGGUUUGCGCGGAAUUUGCGCUGUUGAGGCACUGGACCAAGGCAGUAGGCGGCAAGGCGGUCUAUAUCGCUCCGUUCCAGGAGCAGGUCGAUAGCAGACUGAAAGCGUGGCACGACAGACUCCGUAAUCUGGCUGGCGGGAAACAGAUCGUCAAGCUCACGGGAGAAACGACGGCGGACUUGAAGCUGCUUGAGCAAGGUGAUUUGAUACUUGCCACGCCGGUGCAAUGGGACAUGAUGUCUCGACAAUGGCAGCGGAGGAAGAACGUACAGAACGUCAAGCUUAUCAUUGCGGACGACCUGCAUAUGCUGGGUGGCCAAGGCGGAUACAUCUUCGAAGCCGUCGUCUCACGCUCGCAGGCCAUUGCCGCACAGCUGGAGAACGGUCUACGGAUAAUUGGACUCAGCGUCUCGCUUUCGAAUGCACGAGAUAUCGGCGAGUGGAUUGGUGCGAGCAAGCACACGAUCUACAACUUCAGCCCGCAUGUCCGGCCGAUACCGCUAAAUCUCCACUUACAGACUUUCAAUAUCCCGCACUAUCCGUCACUUAUGCUAGCUAUGACGAAGCCGGCAUAUCAAGCUAUCUUGCAGUAUGCGCCUGACAAACCCGCAAUGGUCUUUCUGCCGAGCAGAAAGCAGGUUCGCUCUACAGCCCAGGAUCUUCUCGCUGCGUGCGUCGCGGACGACGACGAGGAUCGCUUCCUACAAGCGGACUCUGAGCAGCUUGAACCAGUACUGGGUAAGGUAAAGGAACGCUCGCUGGCGGAGUCUCUCGGCCACGGCAUUGCGUACUACCACGAAGCAUUGAGUGAGUCUGACAAGCGGAUCGUCGAGUCGCUGUUCAGGCAGGGGGCGGUACAAGUAAUGCUCGUCUCCCGAGACUGCUGCUACGAAGUGCAGAAUGUAGCUCACCUAGUCAUCGUCAUGGGCACGCAGUUCUUCGAAGGCCGUGAGCAUCGCUACAUCGACUACCCAAUCAGUGAAGUCCUGCAGAUGUUCGGGCACGCUGGCAGGCCAGGGCAGGACAAGGACUGCCGUGGUGUAUUGAUGUGCCCGGAUGUCAAGAGGAACUACUACCGCAAGUUCUUGAGCGAAGCUUUGCCGAUCGAAAGCCAACUGCAAAGCUAUAUGCAUGAUGCCUUCGUCACCGAGAUCAGCACGAAGACAAUUGAGAGCACGCAGGAUGCGGUCGACUGGACAACAUACACGUACUUCUAUCGCAGGCUGCUGGCGAACCCAAGCUACUACGGCCUGACAGAUACGACCCACGAAGGUCUGAGUGCUUACUUGUCCGAGCAGGUGGAGACUACGCUAAAGGACCUUAGCGACGCGAAGCUCAUCGAGCUGGAUGAGGAAGACGAUAGUGUCACUCCGCUCAACGCCGCGAUGAUUGCAGCGUAUUACAACAUCUCCUUCAUCACGAUGCAAACACUGCUGCUGUCGCUCAAGCGCACAACUAAGCUUAAGGGUAUCCUGGAGAUUGUCACCGCGGCUACAGAGUUUGAGGACAUUCAAAUCCGACGCCACGAAGAAGGCGUGCUUCAGCGCAUCUACGACCGCGUACCGGUCAAGCUAUCUGACGUCAACUUCGAGUCGCCGCAUUUCAAAGCCUUCGUACUGCUGCAAGCACACUUCUCGCGCAUGCAAUUGCCUACAGACUUGGCUAAAGAUCAAGAGGUCAUCCUGCGCAAAGUGCUCAACUUGCUGAGCGCUUGUGUGGACGUACUAUCCUCAGAAGGCCAUCUCAACGCCAUGAGCGCGAUGGAGAUCAGUCAGAUGGUCGUACAAGCUAUGUGGGAUCGGGACUCGCCACUCAAACAGAUUCCUCAUUUCGAGGAUGAAGUGGUGGAAGUAUGUAACAAGGCGGGCAUCAAAGAUGUGUUCGAGUUCAUGGAGGCCAUGGAUUCGUCGGAGAAUCAGAACUACGAAAAGCUGGUCAAGAGUAUGGGCCUCACCAACAAGCAACUCGCGGAUGCGGCCACAUUCACGAACGAGCGGUAUCCGAACGUCGACUUGGCGUUUGAGCUCGAAGACGCGGAGAAUGUGGUUGCCGGGUCGCCUUCGUAUCUUACUGUCACCGUUGAGCGGCAAUUGGAGGAGGACGAGGAGCCAAAUCUUACGGCGCAUGCGCCUUUUUAUCCGGCAGAGAAGACGGAGAAUUGGUGGUUGGUUGUUGGCGAAGAGAGCAGCAAGACGCUGUUGGCUAUCAAGCGGGUGACAGUUGUACGGGCGUUGAAGACGAAAUUGGAGCUUGUGGUCCCAAAUCCUGGGAAGCAUGAACUGACGCUGUACUUGAUGAGUGAUAGCUAUGUUGGUGUGGAUCAGGCGCCGACCUUUGAGGUCGAUGCGGCUGAGGGCAUGGAUGAAGAUGAAGAGGAAGAGGAGGAAGCAGAGGAGUGA